UUAAAUUUAUAUUUUAUAUUUACAUAUUACUUUACAUAUAUUAACAUUAUUUUAUAAAUAUGUUUAUGGUUUAAAAUUUUGCAAUCGAAAAAAACGGAAUAAUAGAUCGGUCGAAUAAUAAUAUUUAAAGUAACGCGAUUAAAAAUAUAUAAAAUGUUUGCGAGGAAAGUUUUCAGCAGAUUUCCUCCAAAUAAGUUUUUUUUAACAGCUAGAAAAUAUUCUAAAAAUUCGACCGUUAAUCUAAUUGAUGCUGUAGCAAAAGUAAAAACCGAGUCAAAAACAUCUUUACAUAAUGUACAUCUAGGUCAGCCAACUCCUCAUACACAUCCUCAUCUUCUUGAUAUAGGUGAAGUAACGCCUGGCAUUACAUUAACAGAAUAUAGAGGAAGAAGACUGAAAUUAUUAUAUAAAAUUAAACAAUACGCUGUCGACACUAAAUCAGAAGCUAAACAUCAUAUUGUAAUCGUACCGUCAGCUAGCAAGAGAUAUAUGAGCGAUAAAAUACCAUAUGUUUUCCGCCAAAAUAGUGAUUUCUUUUACUUAACUGGUUGUUUGGAGCCAGAUUCUAUCUUAGUUCUUGAAAUUGAUGAAAAAGAUAUCACUAAAUCAACAUUAUUCAUGAGACCGAAAGAAAAACAUGCUGAACUGUGGGAUGGGCCCAGAACUGGAACAGUUUAUUCACCAGAAUUCUUUGGUAUAGAAGAAAGUUUCGAUGUUGUUAACUUUAGCAAUGUAUUGGAAAACAAAAUAUCAAAGGCAAACAAGGCACUGAGUAUUUGGUAUGAUAUUAAAAAUUCGCCUCAAUCAAAUUUGAGUCAAAUCAUAAAUUCUUGUGCAAAAUCUCAAAUAAAUAGUCCUACGGUAUUUUUUCAUAUGUUAAGACUUCAGAAAUCUAAAGCUGAAAUAAAUUUAAUGAGGAAAACAUGUCAAAUUGCUUCUGAAAGCAUAAACGAGGUUAUAAAAGAAACGAAAGUAGGAGAUUCUGAACAUCAUAUAUUUGCGUUAAUGGAUUUUAAGUGUAGAAUGAAGAAUGCUAGUUAUUUGGCUUAUCCUCCAGUAGUUGCAAGUGGAAAUAAUGCAACUACAAUACAUUAUAUCAACAAUACACAAUUAACUAAAGAUGGUGAUUUAGUUUUAAUGGAUGCUGGUUGCGAAUAUGGUGGUUACACUAGUGACAUUACAAGAACUUGGCCGGUUAAUGGAAAAUACAAUACUGCACAAAAAGUUUUAUAUGAUAUUAUUUUAACCCUGCAAAAUGAAUUAUUAAAUACAAUGUUGAAGGAUGGCGGCGAUACUCUAGAUAAUUUAUUUGAUACUAUGUGUUUAAAACUUGGAAAAUAUUUGCAAGAAAUAGGUUUAAUUUCUCAAUCUUUACAAGGUGUUCCUCUGGCCAAGGCUGCAUAUACUUUUUGUCCACAUCACGUUUCACAUUAUUUAGGAAUGGAUGUUCAUGAUACACCAUUAAUAUCAAGAAGUACGAAAUUAGUUCCCGGUAUGGUAUGCACCGUUGAACCAGGAAUUUAUAUUGGUUUGGAUAGAGAGGAUGUUCCCGCAGAAUUUAGAGGUAUUGGAGUGAGGAUUGAAGAUGAUGUAUAUAUUAAAUCUGCAAAUGAAAUUGAAGUUUUGACUGCCAAAUGUAUUAAAGAUACAAGUGAAAUUGAGAAACUAGUUGGCUCAAAAUAUUAAAGUUUUUCAGAAAAAAUUUUCAAUGAUGCUUCAUAAUUAUUACUUAGAUUUACAAAUAAUGAAAAUUUAUACAUGCAAAUCAUUUUACGGAACGAAAUUAGUAAAACCGAGUUCUGUUUUUAAUAUUAUGGAGCAGCACGAGAGAUAAUUUAAUAUUAUAGAGCAUAAUAUAGAGUUUGAAAAUAUUUUUUUAAUUAUAUAUUAAUAGAAAUGUUCUAUGAUAUUUAAAAAAUUAUUCUAUAAUAUUACGUUUCAAUAAAAGGACAAUAUUUUAUAUUUGUA